AUGCCCUACCCCGGGAUUCGCUCCGUGAGCCCGGACGGGUUCAGCUUGAUGGGAGAGGGACAGGAAUCGAAGAAUCGCGAAAAGGAUGAAAAGCAGGCCAAGGGACAGAGUGUGAUGUCCAAGGCUAGUUGGGUGAUGACGGAUGUCAAGAAGGCGGUAGUCAAGAAGUUGAGCAAGAAGACUGUCAUUGAGAAGAAGAAGUGA